CCCAAAGCUCCCAAAACGGAGCAAGAACCGGGGGAGGUUUGUAGGAGAUCCCCGGCCUCAGCCUUUCUCCUUCGCCUUUGCCUCCUUCGGAAGGACGGUCAUGGAGGAGGACAAGAAGGAGGAGAAGGAGAAGAGGAGAGUGGCGCUUUUCCUGGGCAUUUUGCUGCUUUCUGGGGGCUCUGCAUGGGCCAAGGAGAAAUGCCCCACCGGAAAGUUCACUGCCAGUGGAGAGUGCUGCAAAACUUGUAAUAUCGGGGAAGGGGUUGCCCAGCCAUGUGGGUUAAACCAAACUGUCUGUGAACCAUGCCUGGACAGUAUUAGCUAUUCUGACACAGUGAGUGCCACAGAGCCAUGCAAGCCAUGUAAGGAAUGUGUGGACUUGGAGAGCAUGUUGGUGCCCUGUGUGGAGUCAGAUAACACCGUCUGCAAAUGUAUCUAUGGCUACUAUCGGGACAGGAUGAGCCACCAAUGUCAAGAAUGCAAAAUCUGUGAAGUGGGCUAUGGCCUUGUGUACCCUUGUGGGGAAACUCAGAACACCUGGUGUGAGAAGUGCCCAUUUGGGACUUACUCUGAUGAUGCCAACCACGUGGACCCCUGUUUCCCUUGCACCGUGUGUGAAGAGGAUGAGAUCACAGUCAAGGAGUGCACUGCGACAUCAGAUGCCAAAUGCAGAGCUCUUCAUCCACGAUGGACAAUUCCACCAACUACAGCCUUGAUGGAUUCCAACACUAGUGAUGCAGUCACAGAUAUCAGACACGAUUUUCACCCAGGAAGUCCUGAAAGCCCCUUUCCUGUCACAAGUGAUCCAGAUACCCUGGACAUUUUGGGGAGCACGGUGGCUGGCACAGCAACCACAAUCAUGGGCAGCUCCCAACCAGUGGUCCGAAGUGGCACAGCGGACAAUCUCAUCCCCGUGUACUGCUCGAUUUUGGCAGCUGUGAUAGUGGGGCUGGUGGCAUACAUUGCUUUUAAGAGGUGGAACAGCUGCAAGCAGAACAAGCAGGGAGCCAACAAUCGCCCAGUCAACCAGACACCUUCACCAGAAGGAGAGAAACUUCACAGUGAUAGUGGCAUCUCAGUUGACAGCCAGAGCCUGCAUGAUCAACAGCCGCAGACACAGACAGCAUCAAUGCAAGGCCUUAAAGGAGAUGGGAACCUUUAUACGAAUCUGCCUGCCAACAAGCGGGAGGAGGUAGAAAAGCUACUGAAUGGCUCCACGGAGGAAACAUGGCGUCACUUGGCCGGUGAACUGGGCUACAAGGAGGACCACAUAGACUCCUUCACUCAGGAGGAAUACCCUGUCCGGGCCCUGCUCUCAGAUUGGUCCAGCAAGGACAGUGCCACAAUGGAUGCCCUUUAUUCUGCCUUACGUAAAAUCCAGAGGGGAGACAUUGUGGAAAACCUUUACAGCGAAUCUACCGCUAGCUCACCAGUGUGAAGUGGGGAGAAGGGGCAGGGGUGCUCUGGGCAGUUAUGCUCCACACCCUGCUCUUUCCUCACUGGUGCCUCUUGGGAGAAAACAUGUGAAGGAAAGUUUUAAAAAGCAGAGCUUGUUCCUACCCGGUCUACCAUUUUGGGGGACACUGGAGCACUCCAGUAGGCACUGACUUGGUUUUAUUUUUCUUCUCUCCUGUAUUUUCACCCAAUACCUCUUGCCAGUAGCAGAACUGUUAUAUACUGAAAGGAGGUAGAGGAAAGUAACCAGAGCAGAUAUUUGGGUUUUCAAGUGUUUCACUUUCCUGGACUGAUGAUAUUUUCUUGCUUCUGAUGAAGGUCAAGGCUGAAGAACUGUGUCUGGUCAAUGCCAGUAUAGUUUGGCCUCCCUCUUUCAGGGUGCCUCUUUUCUGCAACAUUUGUCCUGUGUGCCUCUCCUUUCCCCUUCAGGUGAAUUCUCUUUCCAUAUUUACCGGCUGUUCUCUUUUGGGCACCAGCGUCCCUUAAGCUGAAAAACAAAAGGAGGCCUGGCUGAAUAUGUUGCAUGGCUGGUGAUG